AUGACCGAAGCUAUCCAGUGGUACAAAGCCAAGGAAUUGCAAUUUAAAUGGAACGAACAGGCCUCUGCCAAAGGAAUCCCAUUAUCUUUAGUACCCAACCUCAGAGAAAUGUGGGCGGCGAGAAGAAAGGAACUCAACCGAGACCCAGUCACCAGGCCCUGGAACGAAUCUCCUCCCCGUUCCUCCAGCCCUGAACAAAGCACACCUUCUAAACCCAAGGAUAGUGAUAGUAGCUCCGGUGGAUCCAACUCCAAGGGAAAGUCCGCCUCCAUGGUUCAAAUCCGCAUUGACUAG